AUGAGAAAGAGAGCGGCACACUUCUGGACACAAAUUCUCGCACUUUGUCAGAUAUGUUUCAUUCACCUGGAAUUGCUUGCUCUCCCUGAGUCACUGGUCGUAUCCCAGGGGGAGAAUGUCACAUUCCUGUGCUCCGACAUCAUGAAAAGCCCAGGACACGUAGCCUGGUUCAGACAAAACGAUGGAACGGUACCUUUAUGCAUCUUAUCAAUGUUCAGCACAGAAAAGUUUGUUUCACAUCACAACGGUGCCAGACCUGAACGUACCUUCAUGGAUUACGCUGGCAGCAACUUUGUCCUCAGAAUUAAGCACGUGGAUUUGUCCGACACAGGACUGUACUUCUGUGGGAUGAUCUGGGGGACAAUAAUGGUCUUUAACAAUGCAACCUUCCUAAGGGUCAGAGGAAACAAAGAACGAGAACCAGGGAACAUUCCUACGGAUUUGCCAAAACAAGCUGACUGUGAGCAGAAGGUCAGCUGUCUUCCAGCUCUCCUAGGUGUGGGGGCAGCGAGCGCCAUCCUGCUGAUAGUGGUCAUCAUCCUCAUCUUGAAGGAGAAAAGCAAGAAAGGAAAUUCCUGUCAGCAACAACAACAUGAGGAGACUGAAGACACAGACAUGGUGAACUAUGCAGCGCUGCAUUUUAACCAGAACAAAAAGAAAGCCGUCAGACGACAAAUGGAAUUGAGCCCUCAUGUGGUUUAUGCUGCAACAAGAUGA